UUCCAUCGUCUUUGCAGCAUGAGCUUGGUCCUGAACACGGAGGGCGUGUCCCUCGUCCACAUCCACCCGGUCGUCGUCUUCCAGAUCCUCGACCGCUUCCUCCGCCGCAGCGAAGACCAGAAGCGCGUGAUCGGCACGCUCCUCGGCGUGGUCGAUGCCGAGCACGGCGUCGUGACCAUCUCCAACUCGUUCCCGGUGCCCCACCUCGAGAAGGGCGACGAGGUCGCGGUCGGCAAGGACUACCACCGCCAGAUGCUUCUUCUGCACCAGCGCGUGAACCCGAACGAAGUCGUCGUCGGCUGGUACGCGACGUCGACGACCGCCGAGGCCAUCAACGAGAACUCGUGCUUGAUCCACGAGUUUUACAGCUCCGAGUGCGCGUCGCCCGUCCACGUCGUCGUCGACACGUCGCUCGAGUCGGACAACCUCAACAUCAUGGGCUUCAUCAGCUCGGCCCUCUCGGUCGCCGACGUCGCCCUCGCCAACCAGUUCAAGCAGGUCAAGGUCGAGACCAAGACGUACGAGGCCGAGUCGAUCGCUCUCGACGUCAUGGCCAAGCGCUCGUCGGGCUCGGCAUCGUUGCCGUCGGACCUUGAGGCCCUCGAGCAGGCCAUCGUGCGCCUUCACGAGCUCCUUGCGACCAGCGCUGCGUACGUCGGCGACGUCGUCGCGGGCAAGCAGGCGGCCAACCCGAAGCUCGGCCGCGAGCUCGCCGAAGCUGUCGCGUCGAUCCCGCCGAUGCACGCCGAUGUCUUCGACCAGAUUUUCAACAACGGCAUGCAGGACCUCCUCAUGGUCUCGUAUCUCUCGAGCUUGACGCAGGCCCAGCUCUCGAUCUCGGAGAAGCUCAUCAACGCGUAGAUAGUACAUCCAUCAUCACCUUAGUAAUAUUACCCUUCUCUUCC